AUGUUAGCAACUAUCUCAUAUGUAAUUCAAGGAGACUCUGGUGUCAAAGUCGAGUACUGCCCUAACCAUUGUGGCCAUGACACGGACCCCGAGCUUCUGAAACUGGAUGAGAAAUCGGAGUUAUAUAUCGUAUCCCUACUGAAGAAAGGAUACAAAUGUAGAAAAGUUUACGAUAUAAUCCAAAAUACUCGCACUUCUCAACCUCUGUUACAUCUUGCGACUCUCAGAAAAAUUUGGAAUAUUGCUAAGAAGCACUCCUUACGACCAAAAGAUAAUCGAAAACCGAGAACAUCAGUUGCAGUUCGGUCGGAGAUAAUCUCUCACUGUACUCCGCCGGAGAGACUAUCCAUGCCACAAUCAAAGCAUUCCCUCGAGAAGACUCAUGAAGCAGUUCAGCAGCUGAGUUCAGAGUGGGUGGUUGAUCUUGAGCCGGAGAUAGAACAUCCAAAGCUUACGUCUGAGAUAUGCUCGAUAGAAAAGGCGACAGAUCCGAAAGCAACGGUUGGACAGGGCUCGAAACAAGAGCCAGUAAACUUGGAACCUACAUCUGCUCAGAUCCCUCCACCAUCGAUAUUGGAGAUUGCUGAGCUAGAACUAAAUCCUCAAUCUGUAACACCUCCAGCAGAUUACGAGCUGGCGAACACAGAACUCGUCAGUAGGAUCGAAAAGAUUAUUGCGGGUUUCCACGCUGACGUUCUUCAAAUAGCUAUACAAUCGAAUCAUCGUUCCUACAGCACUCUCAACAGAGCUUUACGAGCUAUGGAAGCGGCAAGAGCUGUCACGAAAUCACUAGCUACUAAAAUAUCUAACGAAUCGGAGUGCUAA